AUGCUCAGAGCCAGGGCAGACUUAUCGUGUUGCCUUUCCACGGGUGAUAAAUUAGACCACAAGCAAUUGGUCCUUCGACUUUGCUCCUCUCUGCGCAGUAAACCAGGGGGAAGGCCUGCCCCAAUACAUUCACAAGUCUGCCGGUGCAACCAGCUGCCUGCCGUUUAGUCAUCGCUAUCCUCCAGGUAAGGAUUAAUUCCCAACGGCAAGAAAACCUGCCUCUGCCACCCAAGCAGAGCUCUCGCCCACGGCCACGGGACGUGCGCCGGGCUGGGGGCAGCGGCGGCGGGCUGCACCGUGGCUUUCCAUCCGUGUUUGCUUUCCGGGCGUGGGUGCCGAGCGCGGCAGACUGGAAAGAUGAGUAAUGCCACACAUGCCUUGCCCUCUCCCAUGGCGCCCAGCGCCUCGGAGCCCGGCACAGCGGCCAGGCUGGCCUCAGCUCCCCCAUCCUCGGCCCUCAUCCUGCUCACGGCUGCCCACAACGACUCUGAGGAUGGCCGGCAGCUCUUCCUGACCACGACAGCGGCGCAGGUCAUCUCUGGCAUCUUCGUGUGGUCAGCGCUCAUCAUCACCUUCUACCAGAUCUACACGCACCUGAGGAACUACACCAUCCCCAAGGAGCAGCGCUACAUCAUUCGCAUCCUUUUCAUUGUGCCCAUCUAUGCCUUCGACUCCUGGCUCAGCCUCCUCCUCCUCGGCAGCCACCAGUACUACGUCUACUUCGACUCGGUGCGCGACUGCUAUGAAGCUUUCGUGAUUUACAGCUUCCUGAGCCUGUGCUUCGAGUACCUCGGAGGUGAGAGCACCAUCAUGUCAGAGAUCCGAGGGAAGCCCAUUGCGUCCAGCUGCUUUUAUGGGACCUGCUGCCUUCAGGGUAUGUCCUACUCCAUUGGGUUCCUGCGCUUCUGCAAGCAGGCCACACUGCAGUUCUGCAUCGUGAAACCCCUCAUGGCGAUUGUCACCAUCAUCCUGCAGGCGUUCGGAAAGUACCACGACGGGGACUUCAACGUCCAAAGUGGCUACCUCUACAUCACCAUCAUCUACAACUUCUCUGUCAGCCUGGCACUUUACGCCCUCUUCCUCUUCUACUUCGCCACCAUGGACCUGCUGCGCCCGUUUGAGCCGGUCCUCAAGUUCAUCACCAUCAAGGCAGUCAUCUUCCUCUCCUUCUGGCAAGGGAUGCUGCUUGCAAUCCUGGAGAAAUGUGGGGUGAUCCCUGAAGUUCAGAUCAUCGAUGGGAAGGAGGUGGGAGCUGGGACAGUGGCUGCUGGCUACCAGAACUUCAUCAUCUGCAUUGAGAUGCUCUUUGCUUCCAUUGCCCUGCGCUACGCAUUCUCCUGCCAGGUGUACAGAGAAAAGAAAGAAAACUCAACAGCAAACCUUGCCCCGAUGCAGAGCAUCUCAAGUGGGCUGAAGGAGACCAUAAGCCCCCAGGACAUUGUGCAGGACGCAAUCCACAACUUCUCGCCCGCGUACCAGCAGUACACCCAGCAGUCGAUGCAGGAGGCAGAGCGCAAAGCGCCGGGGGAGAACGGGCAUGUGGCCUCCAAGGUGGAGGGACCAAGCGGCAGAAAGAGCAAAAACAUUGAGAAGAGAGUGCUGAUCCUGUCGGAUGAGGAGCUGUAG